AUGAAUUUUAAGCUUAGUGAUGUAAUAAUAAUAGAUAAUCCAGAAAUCAGAGUAUUGAAUCAAAGAUUUCUAACUAGAAAAAAGCACUAUAGUGGAAUUUCAUUAAAUGCAAAUAAUCAAGAAAUAAAAGUAAAUGACUGUUCUUGUGAUAUUAGAGUCCUGGAUUUUAAUCCCUAUUCUAUAUAUAGUGGAAAAUCAGAAUCUCCAAAAGAAAGUUUAAAUAACCAAAGUUAUAUACAAGCAUCAAUAGUUUCAACUAAAAAUCAAUUUCAAUUCCCAAAUGAAAUAAUUAACUUGACUAAAACUACAUAUCACUCUCCUGUUAAAUUAUCUGGGGUUGCUGAAAAAAUGAUAAAGAUUGAUUUAACUCAUUUGACACAUUGUAGUGAUCAGUUCUGGCCAAGAUUAAUCAAUUAUACCGAAAAAAUUAUGCCAUAUUCUAUUACAUUACCCCUUUCUCCAAAAGAAUUAAAUACUAUGGUUUCAAUAGUGACUGAUAUUACCCCUACUAUUGAAUUAAUAGCUUCUGUUAAUCAUAGUUGCCAAAUAGAAAAUUAUAAAGUAGAUAAUAAUAUAGAGAUGUCUAACUUUAAUAUUUACCAUAAUGAAUUUGUGAAUAAUCAAGAUCCUCAUUAUAAAGCACAUUAUAUACUUUGUUAUUGUACUCUGCGUUUUAUCUUUGUUAAUAAUAUGUUGGUAUUAUAA